AUGGUGUUAAAAAAAUUAAAGCGAAAAAACGUUGAAAAUAGUGCUAAAAAAGCUGUACAAUAUUACAACCCAUUUAUAUUAAAUUUAUUAUUAAAUUGUAUUAAUAAAAAUGGUAAAAAAAAUGUAUGUAAAAAUUUAGUAUUUAAUUCGUCUAUAAAUAUAAUAAAAAAUAAUUGUUUUGUAGAAUACUUUGAAAAUUUAGUACUAAAACCAAUAUUACCAUUUAAAAUUAUUUCUGAAAAAAAUAAAUCUAAAUAUAUAUAUACCAGUGCUUAUAAAUCUAUUUCUAAUUUAAUAUUAAAUGUGUGUAAAUUCAUAAGAAAACAUAAAAAAAAAGUAUCUUUUGAUUUUUAUUUCAAAAAUGAAAUUAAUAAAUUAUUAAAUAAAAAUAGUAAUUUACACACAUUAAAAAAACAAUUUAAAGUAAUAUUCAAAAAUACAAGUACUAUUAAUAAAAAAAAUAUUAAGAAAAAAUCUGAAAAAAAUUUGAGUAUUAAUAUUAUAAAAUUAAAAAAAAUUAGUAUGAAAUAUUUUAAUAACUAUUUUACUUAUCACUUUUUAAACUAUAACAGUAAUAAUGAGCAUUCAUUUUAUUCAAAAAAAAUUUUUAACACACAAUCCUUAAUAAUAAAAAAAAAUAUUAAAAAAUUAAAAUAUUUAAAAACAAUAUAA